UGAGUUACACAAAAUGGUAGAAAAUGGAAUAAUUGAACGCAUGGAUGGUCCUAUUGAACGUGCCUCUAAUCUUGUAGUUGUUGAGAAGAAAUCAGGUAAACUUCGUUUGUGCAUAGACCCGCAAGAUUUAAAUGCAGACAUUUUAUCGGAAAAUCAUACGAUUCCAUCAUUUGAAUCUAUAUCGGAAAAUUUUUAUACAUCGCUGAUCUGUUGUCUCGAUACUUUGAUGAGGACAAUAACGCGCCCGAUAUUGAAGAUCUUAACGAAUUCGUCCAUUCAUUAAACAUCACCGACGAACGCCUAAACAGUUUUCGAAUCGAGAUAGAAAAAGAUAAGCAUUUAACGCAGUUGAAACAAGUUUUAAUAAAUGGCUGGCCUCAUAAGAAAGAGUUGUUAUGUGACGAUAUUAAAAUGUUUUGGAAGCAUCGUUCUGAUCUGUUUUUAGAAGACGGUAUCUUAUAUUUGAAUAACAGGGUUAUUGUACCGCCUGUUUUGAGAGAAACCAUAUUAUCGCAGCUGCACGUGUCUCAUUUAGGUAUUGAAAAAACAAAAAAGCGCGCUCGCGAAUUAGUGUACUGGCCAGGAAUUGAUGGUGCUAUUGAGAAAAUGAUAACCAAUUGUGACAUAUGCCAGCGAAGUCGAUCCGCUAAUGUUAAGGAACCAAUGAUACCACACAGCAUUCCCAAUCUACCCUUUAAUAAAAUAGGCGUAGACAUUUGUGAAUUUGCAUCAAGAAACUAUUUAAUAAUAGCGGAUUAUUACUCGCGAUAUUUGGACAUAGCGCCGUUGAAAUCGAAAACAGCAACUGAGUGUAUCAAUGCACUUAGAACAUGUUUCGCCGUACACGGAUUACCUGUAGAAAUAAUUUCAGACAAUAUGCCCUUCAAUUCAUACGAGUUUAAACGAUUUUGUGAUCAAAUUGGAGCUAAAUUAACAACAACAAGCCCUGGUUAUUCGCAAUCCAACGGUUUUGCUGAGCGUUUCGUUGGGAUAGCAAAAAACUUAAUAAAGAAAACAAAUGAGAGUAAAAAAGAGUUAUGGCUGGCCUUACUCGAAUAUCGCAAUACACCGCUUAAAGAUAUUGAUGCUUCACCAGUGGAACUUUUAAUGAGUAGAAAAACCCGCACCCUUUUGCCAACAAAAACAACUUUGUUUCAACCAAGAAUCAUUCCGAAUAUAUCUAACAACAUAAAUGCAAAAAAUUACAAGUCAAAAAAAAUACUACGAUCGUUCUGCAUCGCAAAAAAAAUCCUUUGUGAAGGGUGACAAGAUAUGGUAUAAGAACAACAAUAAGGGAUGGGUAAAAGCUACAAUCAUCGACACACACGAUUCACCUAGAUCAUACUGGAUCGAACUAGAAGACCAAACCAUUUACCGGCGAAAUUCGAAAUGGCUGCGAAAACGAUUAUAGUUAUUGGUAUAUUAGAAUAUUUGAACUUUUUUUAAUCAUUGAAUUAUAAAUUAUUAAUGAAUUUACUUAGUAUAUGAAUUAAGAAGGGAGAUGUUAUAUAUAUGUAAACUAUGGCAUCCCCUACACACAUACAUGUAACUUACUUUACGUUGACAUCACUGUCACUUUAAUUGAAAUAAACAAAACAGUCUUGUACUGCACUUAAACGGAAUA